GCUGGGACCCGGCUCGGGGGUUCGGCGCGCCAUGGACGCCCAGCGCGCUGAGGUGCGCGCCUUGGAGGCGGAGAUUGCUGCUCUGCAGCGGGCGUGCGAGGAGCUGCCGGCGCCCUGGGAGGGGACGGCCAGAGUCCGAAAAUCAUUUCAAGAAACACACCAAUCAGAUUCUAAGAGAUGGGAAUCUUCAAAAGAUCUAAAAAGUCAUCUUGGACAUUUAAAAUCAGAACUUUCAUUUCUAAGUACACUUACUGGCUUCAAUAUAAGAAAUUACACCAAACAGACAGAGGACCUAGCAAAGACUGAGAUGACAGAAGAAGGUAUAAAGAAAGUUCUACAGAGACACAGAUUAUCAGGAAAUUGCCACAUGGUUACAUUUCAACUUGAAUUUCAGAUUCUAGAAAUUCAGACUAAAGAGAAUUUAUCUUCUGUCAUUACUGACCUCAACAUAAUAAUGGAACCCACAGAAUAUUUAGAAUUAAGUGAAUUUGUGUCUAGAGCUGAAGAAAGAAGAGAUUUAUUCAUGUUUUUCCGAAGCCUACAUUUUUUCGUGGAGUGGUAUGAAUAUCGUAAGCGCACAUUUAAACAUUUCAAGGACAAGUACCCAGACACCGUGCACCUCUCGGAGGGGUCCUGCUCCAGCUGCAUGGAGAUCCACAGCGCCAGGCGGCCAGGGUUUGAACUGGUGAUUGUCUGGAGAAUACAGAUGGACGAAGAAGGGAAGGUUUCACCAAAGCUGGACCUGCUUACCAAAGUCCCUGGGCGAGCUCUGGAGCUGGACAGAAACAGAGUCAUAGAAACUGCCCCUCAGAGCUUCCGAACCCUGCUAGGAGUGCUUGGAAUCGAAGCCGCUCUAGAAAGCCUGAUAAAAUUGCUUUGUGCAGAGAAUGACUAGUUCCCAAACAGGGAACGUGCAGGAAUAAGACGCUGCACCGAAAUGGAAUGCAUGUGGCUUGUAUUGACUAUACGCGUCCUAUCUUCCCCUCGGAAACCACACCCUCUGCCGGACGCAGUGGCAUGUGCCUAUCAUCCCAGCUACCUGGGAGGCCAGCCUCGGCAACAGAAGCCCUGUCUCUAGAGAAUACACCAGUGCCGGGCAUGGAGCUCAGUGGCAGAGCGAGUGCCUGGCACGCGUGAAGCCCUGGGCUCAAUCCCCAGCACUGGAAGAAAAAAAAAAAGCUGUGCAGUUACUCUACAUCAGACGCUCAUGACAUGAAAAAUACGGCCGUUUACAUACAAAAUGUCCAACAAUUUUUUUUUUUUAAGUUUUGCAUUUGAGAAGAUGUACCAACAGUGGUUGUCACUCUUUGAACCCACCUCACCUCACCAUGCAUGGUCCAGCCCUGAGAAGCCACCCACCUCCUGCCCCCUGGGAUUCUUGGAGGAGUUGCUGAUGGAGCUUCAUUUAACAUUCCUCAGGACCCAGAGGAGCCACACCCACGCCGCCUGCCUUCCUGGUCUGCACAGCAAGACCAGGACAGCAAGUCUUGACACGCUCGUGUCCCCAAAACAUGCAGGGCUGGUAACAGAUGGUGCUGGGAGGCAGCGACCACGGCAUCGUUCCUGUCACACAGGGCCCUCACUGGAGACCUCCGGAGGGUCUCAGACGCAGAAUGAAGCCAGCCCGUUCCAGCAGGGUCAGUGCGGGUUCUCACGGCAUUGGGGCAUCCUGGGGUCCGUGGCAGGCUGGAGGGGCCAGGGCCAGAGCCCAUCUUCUCUUCUCCGACAGUAGAGCCUGGGCCUUCUUCCUGCCCAUCCAGCUAGAGUGGGGCCCUUGCCAGGCCGUCACGCUCCCUCGCCCACCUCCCUGAGAGCCCGGGGUUCCCGCAGAGGGACGCUACCUGGAGAGCAUGGCAUGCCCAGGCCGUAGUGCCCUACACCGGGAGAAACCUGUCCCCAAGCGAGGCUGCCGAGACCAGCAGCAACAAACCACCUUGGAUCAAAGCAGUGCGAAUGGCCGCUUCCCACCCUCCACCACCCGAGCGUGAGCUUUGUGCACGUGACUCAGGUGGACUCUCCUAGUCCCCGUCCUAGCGCACAACAGGCAAGCAGGAGGAAUAGGGGGUGAACGUACUCAAAUGCACAACUAUCGUUUUGUGCCCAAGUAUAGAAUAAAGCAAAUAUGAGGACAGGAUUCAAGAAUAAAUUCUAAGAGUUGGCUUGAUUCAAACAAGUGUAAUUCUCAAGUUAUCACAAAAUUUCCCACAAAAAUUUACAAUCAGCAAAAUAUUUUCCUCAUUUUUCAUGUAGCAUUUUCAUACAAUUCCAUGGUUUCACUAUUAUAUGUUACAAUAAGCCUUCAUCAGUCCCUCAAAAUGAUAUAAAUAAUCAAUCUGUACAACCUGCCAUGGGGGAGGAAAAAAAAAAAAAGAUUCCCAACAAUUUCAUAGCAGCGGGGCACACUUUUGGUGACCCCAACAAGGACCCUUGGCACCAGCUAGGAGCCAUGCAUCUUCCAGAAGCAGGGCCUCGGCAGCCCAACAGGAACGGCAGAGCCCCAGGCCCGCACCCCUACAAGCCUCCAGGCAAACCCGGGGAGGAGUGUAGCCCGGGAAGUUCCUCAGUCACCUGCUGUGCCACCCGCCCGAGCUGGCUGUCAGGCAUGCCCCCCAGCCAGCCACAGCAGCUUAGUGAGUCAGCUGUGCACCAGCCUCCACAGCAGCCAUUUCAGGUAGGAAAGACACUAUCUCCCCUAGAGCUAAAAUCAUAAAGCAGAAACAAAAAGUCAAUGCUUUUGUGAGUGGUGUCCAUCCUGACCUGAGUCUCGCACUCCCUGCUGCCCCUUCGCAGAGCCGUGGGCUUUGGCACCUCCACAGGGACCCUGAGUCUAGACCACUCAGAACCAACGUCCACACUAACCCCUGAUCACUCUCUGCAGCAGGGAACCACCCAAAACCUGUGUUGAUGUGUGGCUCAAAUUGAAAAAGUGACCAGUAACAACUGGGAAGGUUCCAGUGGUAUCUAUGUUUUCCAAAAGUCCAAACCGUAAGAUGCUUGUGACCAUUCAAGUUUUCUAUGUCAGGAGUCUGGUGGUAGGAGAUCCAAACCUUGGUCUUAUAAGGCUUUUCGCAUAGAGAAUUAGACAUGAGCCCUGGAUGGAGGAAGAACUACCCAGGACGUCUUCCCAGGGUUUAACGGACACUUCCGUUUUAAGAAUGUGAGCAGCUUCCUGGGACACCCCGCUCACAUCCUACAUUCCUUGUCCUGGAAGAUGUUUCUAGUGCUCUUUAAUUCCAUGUCUUCAAGAGGCAAUCUCACCUCAACAGGGUUAAAAGCAAAAACAUUCACAGCCAAAAGUCAUCCAGCACAACAGAAAAUAGCUCUAUCAUUCAUCUUUCACAUUCAAGUUUCAAAGACACUGCAGGGAAAAAGGUUAGACCUUAUGGAGAACUAACGUGCAGUCUUCACUUUCCUUCAACCGAGUCGGCACCACGGCGUCGUCUUUGGCAUGCACAGUCUUUGAGUAAUAGUUGACUAUCUUGCUGUCCAGUUUAUAUUGAUGAGGAAUGCUCUCGUAGGGCUUGAGGUCAAGGUCCAGCACAGACACGGAGAAGGCGAGCCGGGACCUUGAUGAGGGGACGACAGGUCUCUGAUCGGAACUGCAAGUAAAACAGCAAUUUCAGGAAACACGGACCCUCCAAGUUCUCUCAUCCCAGCUCACGAAGCACACCCAGUGUGUGCAUCCCGUCUAUGCCAACUGUAUGCACUAGCAUGUGAAGCUUCCGCCAAGUAAGUACCUACGUGGCACGGGCCAGCAGGCUGAGCCACACCAGACAAGAUGGAUGAAGGCCUGGAAGAUGGAAAGGCCGCUGUGUGGAAGGCAUGAGCGAUAUUCCCCAUGCCCCAGUGGUGUGAACGAAUGCUGAAAAGCCACUUUAUCAUGAGCCAAGUAUUACAAAAUCUAAGGGAAAGUAAAACGUUCUGGCUGUUCACCAGCCAGAUGGAUGAAUGCUAAGAACAGACUUCUCUUUAUAUGCUUUCCCACGUCUGGUGAGAAACGCAGCCGCCUUUUCUGCUCUUCACAUUUGGAGAGUGCUCUGGUUCCAUGUUUUACUCUCAAAUCAUACCUUCAGUGCUUGUUGUUUUCUCAGGACUUAGUUUUGUAGCAUUUAUGAACAUCAGAAUAGUUAUGUACUUAUAACAAAGUGUGAACAAUUACUUGUACUUUAAAACACUUUCAGGGCUGGGUGCGGUGGCACAUGUCUACAAUCCCAGUGACUCGGGAGGCUGAGGAAGGAGGAUCACAAGUUCAAGGGCAGGAGUAACAAAUCAGAGAGGCCCUCUCUCAAACAAAAAAGGGCUGUGGAUGUAUCUCAGUGGUACAGCACCCCUGGGCUUAACCCUCAUUACAAAAAAAAAAACACACACACACACUUUGAGAA